GACAGAAACAAACUAUACUGACUAAAAUAUAUCCCUACUAUUGAGAUAUUUUCUCUGCUUUGACUUAAAUUCGUAAAUGACUUAAAAUCCCAAAUACUUUUGUUGUAUUGCAGUUUUAUCCUUUUAUCAUUGUCAUGGCGACAAAAAAGAAGCUGCUCUUUGGCAUGUUGUUUGUCUUGGGUGUUUGGACAGCAAACGGAGACUUACAUAGGGUGCAGCACAUUCUUCGUGAAGCCAGCUCCAAUCUUGUCUCCAUUUACUCUCUGAACAUGACCGACAACUCUGUAGACGACGACUAUCAGGGCUGUGAGAGACAGAUGCUCCAGAAAGUCCAACAGACAUACCUAAAUGCAGAGAGAGAAAAGUGCAAGGAUUUCGAUCAAGCUUGGGACAAGGCAGCAACAUACUACAAGAAUAAAUCGUCAGGUCCUCUAGAUAAAAUGGAGGCCAUGGCCAUUCAUGUGUAUGUCAACCCAUACGUCAAGAUCUUCAAACCCUUUAAUAGAGCCACCCUCAUUGGCAAGGCGGAGUACACGUCUGGGUACCAGUACCACUCCCUCCACUUCCUCCUCACCAGAGCCUUACAAAAGCUGAACAAGAAAAAUAUAAAAAAAUGGUUGAAGAUCAAGCAGAAAACCUUCCGCGGAACCAACGUUGUAUUCAACGGCAAAAAAGGGACCAUGAUGCGAUUUGGCCAGUUUACUUCAAGCUCAAAAAACAAAAUGUCAGCCUUGAGGUUUGGGAAUGUGACUUGCUUCGACAUUCAAACCCUCCACGGUGCAGCCCUUGAAAAAUACUCUACACUUCCACAUGAGGAAGAGGUUCUGAUACCGCCUUUUGAGGUGUUUAAAAUCACCAAGGUGAUGGAGACAAAAGAAGGGUCCAGCCUUCAAUGUCAAGUUGUGUAUACACUGAAAAGCUGUGGCAAAAAAAGUAACCUACGUUGCAAAGUAGCCAAACUUAUUGAAAGAAUCCAAAAUUAAAUCACUCUUCUGCUUUGCUGUAAUACUUCACAGAAGAACAUCAGUUUUGGAUGCAUUGUACAUUGUACACAAAACACA